GAGCUGUGCUACCGCAAGCCGGGCCUGUCAGUGUGAGUCCAGCUGAGUCCAUCAACCCUAUUUGCCUCCCGCGCUAUGGCCGCUCCGCCGCAGCUACAGGCUCUACUCAAGGCGGUCAACGCACUGCUGCGCAAGCGCCGCUACCACGCUGCGUUGGCCCUGAUUAAGGGCUUCCGGAACGGGAUCGUCUAUGGAGUCAAAAUCCGGGCCCCUCACGCACUGGUCAUGACCUUCCUCUUCAGGAGUGGCAGCCUCCGAGACAAGCUGCGAGCCAUUCUGCAGGCCACCUACACCCACUCCUGGAAUCUGGCUUGCUUCGUGUUUGUCUACAAGGGCCUCUGCGCCCUGCAGGCCCACACACAGGGCAAGACCUACCAGUCGCACUCAUUCCUGGCUGCCUUCAUCGGGGGCUUCCUGUUGUUUGGAGACAACAAUAACAUCAACAGCCAGAUCAACAUGUACCUGACGUCGCGUGUCCUCUUCGCGCUGUGCCGCCUGGGCGUGGAGAAGGGCUACAUCCCGGAGCUCCGGUGGGACCCGUUCCCUCUCUACACGGCAGUGGUUUGGGGGCUUGUCCUGUGGCUCUUUGAGUAUCACCGGCCCACGCUGCAGCCUUCGCUGCAGUCCUCCAUGACCUACCUGUACGAGGACAGCAACGUGUGGCACGACCUCUCGGACUUCCUCAUCUACAACAAGAGCCGCGCUUCCAAGUAGGCGGCUCCCAGGUGCUCACCCCGGCCCCAGGCACCUGGCGAGCUCCGCUGGGCGCCGUCAGCACACCCUCCAGAGGGUCCUGCCUUCUGGAAGUCAGGCCUCACACUCCGACUUGGCUCAUCCCAGGGCUCCAUUUGUGGAAGGAAAAGCACAGAUUUUCACGUCUCAGUAGGUACUUUGAACCGUGCGACAGACGGCUGAGUCAGGUUGAGGAGUCCUGGGCUUGAUUCCAGCCACGCUGCUGCCCUCCAUGACCAGGGCAAGGUCUCUGGGCUUCAGGGGUCCUUGAGCCCAGAAGAGGAUCCUUAGAGAGGGUCUCUUUCUGGUGGAUAUGUUCAUUCUUCCACUGUUCUUCUGUAACAGAAGGCACCUGGAUGGUGGGCAGCGGGUUGCAAAUACUUUUUAAAGAAAUAUGAAGUUCCUCUCUCUGGUGUUGUAUUGGAGAAGUUCUAGAACCGCACUGUCCAGUAGAAACAUAAUGUGAGUCAUACAUGGAGUUAGAUUUUUUUCUAGGGCUGGGGAUGUAACUCAGUGGUAGGGAACUUGUCUAGCCUUUGUGAGGCCCUGGGUUUAAUCCUCAGUGCUACCAGGAAAAACCUUUUUUUUUCCUAGAAGCCAACAUUAAAAAAAAAAAAAAUAGAAACAGAUGGGAUUGAUUUUAAUUAUAUAUUUUGACCUAAUGUUAACAAAACAUUAUAACUUCAACAAAUGAUUAGCAUAGUGAGAUAUUUUACCAUCUUUUUUCUUAUACUAAGUCUUCAAAAUCAGGUGUGUGGACAGGCACAAUGGCACACACCUGGAAUCCCAGUGACUCGGGAGGCGGGGGCAGGAAGAUUGCAAGCUUGAGGACAGCCUUGGAAAUUUAGCAAGACCCUGUCUCAAAAUAAAAGAAAAAGGACUAGGGAUGUAGCUCAGUGUAGAGUGCCCCUGGGUUCAAACGCCAGUACUCCCCCCCCCCAAAAAAAAAUCAGUGCAUAUUUAAUACUUCCGAUACACCUCAGUUUGGAUGAGCUACAUUCCAGUACCCAGUAGCCACAUGGGGUUAGUGGCUUCCAUAUCAAGCAACACAGAUACAGAACACUUCUAUUCCCGAAGAAGUUUCUAGUGGACAGUGCAGAUCUAGAGCUGGAGGAUAUGACUUCUGUGCUCCCACUCCACUGUGAACCCUUGGGGAAGGUUCUCGACCUCUCAGAGCCUCAAUUUCUCAUAAAAUGAGAAUAAUCAUAAUACCCAGUGUCCACAUUGGACUCUUACAACCACAACUUCUGCCACUACUAUUGAUUCCUUCCACUUAGUGAGUUCUAAUUUCCUCCUGGGUGCUUUGCAUAUUUUUAUUUUUAAUCCAAACAGUGACAUUGCAAGUGUGUCUGUUGAUCCCCAUUUUAUGGAUGUAAAAACUGAGGGUCAAAGAGAGGAGGUAACCUGCCCAGGGGAAUACAGUUCAGGUAACAGCCCAAUCAGUAUUUGAACCCAGAUCUGCCUGAUUCCGAAGCCCGUGUCUUUUUUAGUGCCUUGUUUAAAAUUUUGAUGCUAUGCCAUGCAAAUAUUAGCUAGUCAUAGGAUCUGGCCCCAAAGGGGUACCAACUCAGAUGCCUGCAGUCGUUCCUAGUGGCAUAAAUGGAAAUGUUUGGGGUGCUCUGCAGUGGAGAGUGACAGGCACAGUGGAUCAGAGCCUGGGUGCCAGUGGAAUUUUUUCAAACCACUGUGCAGAACAAGUCUCCAGGAAGACAUGGUCCAUAGGCUAUCAGUCUGGGACCCUCGGUCUACUAGGAAUACUUCCAUUAACACACAUACCACUUCCAUAUCCUUUUGUAUCUUAGAAGUUACUAGAAAUGUCCAUAGACAUCACUAGAGAGCUUGUAAAAAUGUAGAUUCUGAUGGAUUGGGUCUGGAUUGGGGAUCAGACAGGCUCCCCACUGCGGACUCCCAGAUGAGGCUGGUGCCGCAGCCCUGAGCCCCACCCCAAGUAGCAGGGUGGUGUGGGGCAUGACAGAGCCAUCCAUCAUUAUCCCCUGUGACCAGUGCGUCACAGUGUGGGGUGACUGAGGUGGGAUCAUGUCGGAUUGGACAGGCAGUGCUCCUAGCACGGUUGACUGCAAGCUCAGGGGAGGUGAUUCUGGAGCUCCUUGCCCUCACUGUGGAGGCGUGGGGGGGGGGGGGUCUGGCCAUCUCAAAGCAGGUUGUACUGAUGAGGUGGUGGGGAGCGUGACCUGCUCCACCUCCUCCAACCUGCCACUUCCACGCAACCAGCCACCUCUCCUGUUGCCACCAUCUCCUGCCUGAGAAUUCGCCUGUCACUGGGUUCCACUUCUCCAGCUGCAGCUCCCCCUCUGGGCGGGGAAACCCUAGGCUUGAGCCCUGUGCUGGCCCCCAGAGCUCCCCAGCUGGCUGGAGCCUCAGGAGACCACAGUGGGCUAGCUCAAAGCCACGCCCUCCCUGCGCCCUUUCUUGAGCCUCUGCCAGUGCUUCCUGGGGUCCCCCCCCGCCUGCAAACCACUCAGGCCCUUGCCUCAGGGUCUGCUGUUGGGGAACCCCAAACUAAAAUUGGCCUCUGUACAGCAGGUGGAGAACGAGCAUGACAUGGCAGUUAGGGACAUGGGCUUUGGAACCAGACCGCCUGGGCUCAAGACCUGGCCUGGCCCCUCCUGGGCAAGUGACUGACCCUCCGUGCCUCUGUCUCCUCAUCUGUAAAGUAGCUCUGUAACAGCUCCUGCCUUGGAGGGUCUGGGUGAUUAAUUGAUUCAACAUAUAAAAGUGAACACUCAAUAAACGUCGUCGUUAUUUCUAA